AUGCCCUAUAACUAUCUGCACGAUGCUGCCUUUCGGGGCAACGCCAAACUCACAAAAACCCUGCUUGCGACGGGCGCGGUGGACGUCAACGAAAUCACGGAAGAGGGGUGCACUCCCCUGAUGAUAUCCGCCCAGAAUGGACACGGUGGUGUGACUCAGUUGCUCAUCGACGCUGGUGCCGACCUGGACGCCGUUACCGAAGAAGGCGUGACGGGCCUUCACCAAGCCGCCGAUGGCGGGCACUCGGAAAUCUUGUCGAUGCUGGUGAAGGCUGGUGCGAACCCCGACACUCAAACAUACAACGGAAGCACCCCGCUGUACGAUGCGGCGUUCCAUGGCCACCUCGACAUCGUCAGGGAGCUCCUCCGCUUGGGCGUGAGGCAGGCCUUCCCGAGGAGGCAGUCGGAUGGGUCGACCCGCGUUGCGUUGGAUGUGGCGGCGCAAAAGGGGUUCACGGAGGUGGUCCGUGAGCUGAUCCAGCACCGCGGGAUCAAGGCGUGUGUGGGUCAAGAUGCCGGCGUAACUGCUCUCGACUUGGCCGCGAAGCAUCAACGGGUCGAUGCCAUGAGGCUGUUGCUGGCCGCGGGGGUCGUGGACACGGGCGAUUCUUUGUUCACGGCCGCCGACUGUGGCCGUGACAAGGCCGUCAAACUUCUCCUGCAGCAAAAGUGGGCCACCCCUGGAGCCGGCUACGUGGACAGCCGCAACGACUAUCAAUGCACGCCCCUGUUCGUUGCUGUCGCCGCCGCGGCCCCGAAGGUCGUGAGGUUGCUGCUUGACGCCGGGGCUAAUGAGAGGCUGACCAGACCCGUGUCGUACUCGUUCCGCGGGCCGUUGGAGAACGAGACUCUCCUGGAGCUCGCGAACCGCAACCUUGGUUGUGAGAUGCACAAGGGCCAAUGCGCGACGGAGGAGGAAAUGAAUCGUCUGGAGGAAGUCCGGCGCUUGCUGCUGCGAGUGGAAACCGUUCGCGCGAUAUCCUGGCUCUGGGGCACUACUAGCCCUGUGUACGCCGCCCCACUGGGGACUGGUACCAACAGAGGCGCCAGGGGAGGGGCGUCGGGGCUAGGAGUCUAUAUCGCGAGGCGCGAAACCAGAGCGCACUGUGGCUCCCUCCUGGCAACCAUGUUGAGGUACUCGGGCAAGACGUGAACGGGCCCGUUUCAACCGAUUAGAGCCAGCUUGCUCCCAGACGUUCUCGGCGGCGCCGACGGACGGACGUGUAUUUUUUUUAACGUCCUCGCAGCUCCUAACCCAGCCGUGCGCGCUUGCCUAUGCCUUGUAAAUUGGGCGUUUGACUUCGUGCAUUUGGUGGAGAGACCGCUGGAUUCGCGAACUUCGCUCGGACCGCUUGCGAUUUUGCGUUUUCGGCCAAACUGCAGCAGCGGGCCCCAUUUCUGGAUCAAUUUCUUCCUUGAGACGCCUGGUAGCAACAGCUGUGACUGGACUCCACAAUGCAGCCCCGCAAAUGUGGGGGUGGAAAAUGUAUGAAAGCACUGCGGUUGAACCCUUUCAUCAUGUCAUUUUAGUGUGUGGGAAAAAACAGUAUCCUUGUAGAAUCGGUUGGACCCUUCUUCAGCCGCAGCCACAGGAGGGAACUGUUUGGGACUUUCCGAAUGCGAUUCCGCGGAGAGCGAAGAGAAACAGAGCAGCGCAUUAGAUGUGCAUGUAGUCAUGGACUCUCUGAGAUGUUCGGAGAGCCUACAAUGUGUAUCAGGAACGUGAGUUGCAUCUCGUGGGAGAUGUCCAAUACGCUUGCUUGUCGUUACGUACGUGUGAAGGCAAAGUUUGUAGGUUAGACCACGACAGAGCAUUACUCACGUAUGACAGCACCCGAUCUUGGAUUAAUCAACAGCAGCACAUUGGUUAUUGCUCAAGUGUAAGAACAUACCGCGUGUGUUCUAUUCGGACAAGCUCCAGCCGACCACAUUUUCAUGUCGGCUGCGCCCACGAAUGACUAGACUACAUCAGAUGCACCAGCAAGCCAACGCUGAAAAGCAGCAGCAUUGGAUGCCCGUUUUCCUUUGUCGCUCUGUCAUUUUGGGCGGUUUGUGCUUGUUG